ACUGGAGCGAGUUUGCAGAAGUCUAUAGAGCUCUUGUCAGAAUGGAUGUUUUAGCAGUUCCCCCAAAAAGAGAAGAGGGCUGGUACUUGUCUCUUAUGGCACCAAACACAAAAGGACCAAAGUUUGCAUGGCUUGAUCCAUCAAGACUCUAUUGCAAUUCCCAGGCACUGUCAGAUUGUGUAAAAGAUCUUCUCAAACCAUUCCAGAAUGAGACCAUUGACCUGGUGGCUGGAAUAGAUGCCAUGGGCUUCAUCCUCGGGUCAGCUGUAGCCACAACAUUGGGAAAAGGAUUUCUGGCUAUUCGUAAAGCAGGACACUUAUGUGUUGAAACUCACACUCAGGACUACAGUGACUAUUCUGGACGAGAGAAAGUCAUGGAAGUGCGUGUUGAUGUGUUAAAGCCAGGCUUACGGGUUCUUUUAGUAGACCAGUGGAUCGAGACGGGAGGAACUAUGAGAGCUGCUAUCAAACUGGUGGAGAAUCAAGGAGCUACUGUUGUAGGUAUUGCUGCUGUGGCCAUUGAAAACAGUGAAGGAGGAAAAUGGCUGAAGGAAAACUAUAAAUAUUCCCACUGCAUUCCGAAAGAGCUGCAAUCUCAAAUAGACAGUCAAUAUCUGGAGUUCUUCAAGAACUUCAGUGUUUAAGGCAUGACAAUCAGGUACAUAUUCAAGUGGAAUGUAAUAUUUGAUUUACAUUUCGCUUUGACAGGAUUUAAACAUUGCCAAUAAAUCCUCACUGUAAAACAUGUAUACAGCACUGAUUUUAUAUUGCUGGUAUUAAAUGUAGAAAGUGCCAUAUAAAUCGAAAUAUAAUAUUUUAAUACACAUCUAUGUUUUGUUUCUAUUUCUAUAAUUAUAAUAAUGAUAAUAUAGAUGGGUUUUACAUUUACAUGACAUGUCCAGAUGUGUUACAUAUACACAUUCAUAUGAGAUAGACAAAAUCUAAAAUUGAGAUUUAAGGUUACCCCAAUUAAAAAUAGUUUUCAAAUGUUUUUACUUCACAUGACAGUAUAUUUCACUUAAGAAUUUAAUAACUGUACAUGUAAUAUUGCUGCAAAUGAUUCAGCUCAAACGUAGUGACAUGCAAUUGUGCACCAUGCCAUUCUAAACUUGAUAUUAUAUCAUAUUGGAAAUAAACCAAUUUGUGUAUGGUUGUUACACAAAAAUACCAAUAGAGGACGCUAUCACACUGUAACUGAGAUUUCUAACUUGAAACCGGUAAAUUUAUCAGUGGUUUAAUCUUUUAAUCAAACAACAUUAAUACAGUAAUAACAUUAAAAAAGGCGUAUUUCACUUUACGUGAGAGGUUUUUAAAUAAAUAAAUGGCUCAUUAAAAAAAGAAAAGCAUUUUAUUUAUAAUAAAAUUGCUGGUCACAGAAAACUACCAUCUGUAUGUAAGCCCUAAUACUUAUAAAGUUUUACAGCAAGAUGAAGCUAUAUAAAGGAAUUCCUAUACAACUUCCAUUUUAAUAAACAGCACUUUUGAUAUA